AAAUGUUUGUUUACAAAUUGAAUUCCGAGGAAGUACACGCAAUCCAGUGAGCUUUGACUAAAACAUAAGGCAGAAGCAUAACCAGAUUAAAUUGUAACUCCCCCCCCACCUUACAUACACGGCCAUGGAAUCUAAAAACUGCAAAUUUUUCGGACCAAACGGCGGCGACUGUCACGAUAAGUCCGUCGGCGCUAUAUUCUACGACUUUGUCACCAAGAACAUGGCCAUGCCCUCUGAGAUGGGCGAACUGGUGGCCUACGUGUUACUGAUGGUUAUCUCUUGGUACGUGGUCGCCUUCACCUUCAGAUUCAUGCUGUCGCUGGUUAAGCCUGUCCUCAUAGUGCUGGUAGCCCUUUUCCUGUUCCGAUUCUUGCGCACCUUCGAAGGCGGCGAAAUGAAGGAUGUGUUAAUCGGAAUUGCCAAUCUUCUCAUGAGUGGCGUGUCCAAGGCUGCGGAGCUAUUCAUGCGCCUAUUGGACUGAGGCAGUGCUCUACAUUCCAUUGUUAUAAAUCCUAUGUAAUUGGUACAAAUGUAUAUACAUACAUAUGUAUAUGAUACUUUGUAAACGAGUCUAACUAGAC